UGAUAAAUAAUCUCGCAUCGAGCCUCUCGCCCCCGCCCCUCUCUCAAAUCCUUUCGUCUCUCCAAUCAAACGAAUUAGGGUUAGGGUUCUCAUCUCCGCCGCCAAUCAAACGAUGACAGGCAAAGCGAAGCCGAAGAAGCACACGGCGAAGGAGCUCCAGGCGAAGGCCGACGCAGCGUUGACCAAUAGAGGAGGAGGAAGGGCGGGGCUCGCCGACAGGACGGGGAAGGAGAAAGGAGGCCACGCCAAGUACGAGUGUCCUCACUGCAAGAUCACGGCGCCGGAUCUGAAGACGAUGCAGAUCCAUCACGAGUCGAAGCAUCCUAAGCUGCCUUACGAGGAGCCGAAGAAUCUCCACGAGGCUCUGGCUGCUCCCGAAUCGUCCAAACCUAAACCUGGAAUCAGAGGAAGCCUCAAGAAGUGAUCUUGGUGAUUUGUAUCGGUUUCCUUUUCUUAAUUAAAAAGUUGUGAUCUUUGUUUUUGGGUUUUCUUCAAGUUGUUGAUGUGAUGAUAAAAUGAAAAAAACUGCAAUGAUGCUUGAUAUUAUAUAAAAAGCUACUGAUAUCUAUUAUGAAUCUUCUUCUGUUUUGAACU